AUGAUCAUAGAAGGAACAGAAGGGAAAAAAGAAGACUUUAGUAUGAGGUCAGUAAGUGGUAAAAGCUAUAGUUUUAAAAGGGUGGACAAAUUUGAAUACCUAGGUGUAGUUUUCGAUGAAAAUGGAAAAGAGAAAUGGGAGCUCGUAGCCAGAAUAGCAAAAGGGAAUAAAAAAUUAGGUGGUUUAAGAGCCCUACUGAACUCAAAAUACGUUUCUAGACAAGCCUGGACAUUAAAUAAGAAGGAAGAGGAUACUCUGGAAAGAUGGGAAAGGAAAAUAUUGAGAUGCAUAUUCAGAGGACGAAAGGCAGAAGAUGGUUGGGAGAGAAGAACCAACAAUGAAUUAAUGGCUUUAUACAAAGAACCUACUAUUACCAAGUUCGUCAAGGCACAAAGAAUCAGAUGGUUGGGACAUGUGGAAAGAAUGGCAGCAAACAGAAUUCCUAAACUAGUAAUAACCAGAAAAUUAAUCGACCCCAAAAGAAGAGGUAGACCCAGAACGAGGUGGAUUAGUAAAGCGGAGGAAGACCUUAAACACGUGAAGAGGUACUACGUGAAUGAUGAACUUGCUAGUGGUAAAGGCAAUCUCGCCUUUCUUCAAAUUGGUGGAGAGGGAGAAGCAACAGCUGCGUGGAUGACCAACGGAUCAUGGAUCACGUAUGCUCGCAAAUAUAAACCAAUUUUAUUCCAACUCGAGCACAGAUAUUAUGGUAAAAGUCAUCCCACCAAGUAA